UCCUGUAAUUCCUCAAGUCCUUGCAGAUAGAAUCAAAGCGCAUGCGUUUAGACACAGUCACACUUUUGUUCAUUGCUUAUUGAGAUCCGACCAGAGGAAAACAGUAUCUCAUGUUCCUUUCAACUGUGAUGGAAAAUCAUUAACUCCUGAGAGAAAAGUAAUUAGACGGCAGAGACACUAUGGGGAACACCGACGGUUUCUCUUUCCUAUGGGUAGAGGCAACAAAACAAAGACAGUUCAAAUGUUAUUUUGCUCUAAACGAUGAUAAAAACUUUGAUUUUAUUCUUUGCCUGCUUGUAGGUAUAUGCUAUAGAGAGCUUAUUGUUGAUGUUUUUUUUUUAUAGCUUGUUUUGACACAAAUACAAUUCAGAACAUUCAGACUCUGCCAUGUUAGGAAGAAUUUCAGUGUAUAUUUAACAGGAUUACAAAUGAUGUACCAACACAAAUGAAGUGGAAGAAAAUUAAAACCUUCAUGAUGUUCCAAAUUUUUCAAUAAAAAUCCAAAUAGUGUGUCGCUUGUUUGCGUUCAGCCAUCUUAUCAGACGGUGAACAUGGUCCACCUUUGUCUCACAUAGUCUAAAUACAAUCAUAUCUCUACUGUAAAAAGCUUCAGGAGCUUGCUUCUUAAAACUAGCGAACAAACAGCAUCAAGUAGACCAAAGAACGCAUCGGGCAAGUCGGGGAUAAAAUUGUGAAGAAGGUCAAAGCUGGGUUAGGUAACACAAUAUCUCAGGCUUUGAACUUCUCGUGGAACACUUCAAUCCAUCAUCCGAAAAUAGAAAGGGUUGGGCACAACUGCAGACCUACCAAUAACCAUCCAGUCCAACGUAUAGCAAGGAGAACAUUAAUCAAAGAAGCAGCUGGGCCUGUGCUCUGGGGGAGCUGCAGAUGGCUUCGAUGGGAAGAUGGCUGGAGCUAACUUCAGAGCUAAAAUGGCACAAAACACGCUUAUUCAAAUAAGUGUAUUCCUAUACAUAUAAAUUGGAAAAUUUAUAUUUAUGGGCACUUUCCAGCCAAUCUUAUUUUUCUGAGUUAUUUUGCUGGUAUAACCCUAGAAGACUUGCAGCAGGUCCUUUGGGGAUGUUUUUCACCUGUAAUAGACUUUUGCAGAAUCAACUUUUGCUGCUCUAACUGCGUAAAAGGGGGAUUCUGCAAAGUCAGGGGCCGAAGAGAAAUGAGUGCCAACCCUUUAACGAUUUUUAUUGAUGAACUGAGGGAUACUUUUCAUAACUAUGAACUACUUUAUAUCACAUGAAGUCCCAACAUGUAAGCGUGCGACUGCAUGACAUUGUGAAAGAACUUUUACGGUGUAUGAAUUGUUUUGCAGAGUCCUGCACGUAAUGCGUCACCACAUGAGUCCAUUAGCGCCUGUGACUUUGAAGAUUAGACACACACAGGUGCAACAACCUGAGGAAGCAGAAGAAUACAGAAUAAAGUUCAACUACUUCUGAGACGAACAUUAUAGAGGCAUGUCUAUGACGACUGGAUGUCGGCGUGUGAGUCCUCAUACCAUUUUUUAUUUAUUUUUUGUUCUUUUCUUGUGAGCAUCACAGAUAUGACGGCGCAGAAACCACGUGUUUUACGUAAUGGAAAGCCAAUCUUUCAAUUCAACUCCUCCUCCCCGCCUCUUCCUAACAGAGGUAAUUCAUGCGAACGUCUCCUUCCCUUGCGCGCCGCACUUUUCGGAGAUGUCAGCAGCGUGGUGAUGAAAAGACUUGGAGCAAAUUAACCCACAGAGGGGAAGAGACGCGAACACACUCCGGGAAAUGCACGGACACACCACCAAGAGCCCGAACCUGGCUUCCGCGGAACCGCUGCGGCGUGGGACCUCAUCUGUGAGAAAUUAAAACUGGGGCUUGCUUGUGCUCGCUACAUGUCCUCUCCAAAGAAUACGCCUCGUACGAGACGUGAAUUGGGCUCGGUCCCGCCAGCGAUGAGGCGUUCCGCCGGGGCUGUCGUUGCAGCAGUGUGUGCAUAGGAUGCAUCCUCCCCUGGCUUUUUGAUGCUGUGCAGAUCCACCCUCCUCUCUCCUCAGAGUGAUGAACUAACAGGCAAUGAUUUUCUCCUCGGAAAUCAGCCGUGGUUUCACGUCUUCACGUUAGUUGUGUUUGUUUACGGACGACCCGUCUCCUCCAGGUUGCGACACAUGCAAUUUAUAGAGUAUUUUUUCUACUGUAGACUAGUUGAGGGGGCAUCCUCCACACACGGCAGAGGGGAGAAGAAAACACACCAUUAUUCCGAAGUCUUGACAGACACUGACUGCUUUUGAAUGAAAGCGCACGGGACUUGGAUCUAUAGCCCACUUGUUUCUUUCCUUCUAUGUUCCAACUGGUAGCCUUGUUAGGGGGAACUGAUCCAAUUGUGUUAUUAUGCAACCGCAAGGAUCUCAUCUAUAUCUGGGUGUAUAAGCCACUGGAUUGCUCUUCGCCCAAAUCAAUGUGGUUUCUUUGGAACAUUUUCAGCAAAGGAACGCAUAUGCUGCAGUGUCUUUGUGGCAAGAGUCUUAAGAAAAACAAGAAUCCAAGUGAUCCCCAGCUCAAGGGUAUAGUGACCAGGUUAUAUUGCAGGCAGGGAUACUACUUGCAAAUGAACCCAGAUGGCUCUCUUGAUGGGACCAAGGAUGACAGCAGUAAUUCCACAUUGUUUAACCUCAUUCCUGUGGGCCUCCGAGUUGUCGCCAUUCAGUCAGUGAAGACAGGGUUAUACAUCGCCAUGAACGGGGAGGGCCAUCUCUACACAUCAGAACUAUUUACAGCGGAAUGCAAGUUCAAAGAGUCAGUGUUCGAGAACUACUACGUGAUCUACUCGUCCAUGCUGUACAGACAGCAGGAGUCAGGGAGAGCAUGGUUCCUGGGGCUCAACAAGGAGGGCCAAGCCAUGAAGGGGAACCGAGUGAAAAAAACCAAACCAGCUGCUCACUUCCUGCCCAAGCCAUUAGAAGUCGCCAUGUACAGAGAGCCAUCGCUGCACGACGUCGGAGAGACGGUGCCCAAGGCGGCCGUGCCUCCCAGUAAAAGCACAAGCGAGCCGGUGGUGAUGAACGGAGGCAAACCUGUCAGCAAGCCCGACAAACCAGCCACAUAGCCACACCUGACCAGUGCCUGGUGGGAGUGCAUGUGCGGGAGGGGAGGAAUGUAAACAGAGGCGAGGUUCUUUUUUUUAAUUUUUUUCUCCAGCUAGUCUCCAAACCCUCUUUUUUUUUUUUUUUUUCCUGCGGAUAACAUCCAGCCGAGACUCCCUUCUCUUAUUCUCUUGCUCCUCCUCCUCCUCCUCCUACUUCCUUUCUCUGGCUAUGUCAGCACAGACUGAUUCUGCGAUGGUUCGGCCUGUCCAGCACAGGAGGGAAGAAGACCUCUGAUCCUGUAAUGCCUUUAGAUCCCUUUGAAAUUGCGAUAAUUGAACUGAAUGACACGCGGCUCACACUGACGCUUGAUGCUGGCUGGCUUCGUCGGAAGGACCUCCUUUCUCUAUAAUGCCCUGUCAGAGCGGAGGCCGUGUACCUUCAGAUCUAUUUUCUAUAUCACAGUUCACCAGCCUUGUUCUGGGAUAGAGACUGUAUAGACAGAGUAAAUAUUUGGACCGUUGUCCUAUAUUUUUUACAAGUACGUUCCCCUUUCCUUCUCUUUCUAAUGCUGGUCAACAUACAGUUAGUUUUUGUCAAAAGGGAAACUAGAAAACUUUUUGCAAGAGGAGUUGUAUGAUUUUUUUCUAAGAAACACAACAAACUUUGAAGCAUACCAGUACGCACUUGAAAGAGCCCAAAUAAACUUUUUUUUUCCUUUUUGGUUUUGUUUUGUUUUGUCUACGACAUGCGUACACCAAAAAAAAAAAAAAAAGAAAAGCAGUCGAAGAAAGUUUGUGCAGCUUCUCCGCGGCUCAUAGAAACACAUCGGAGGCUGGCAGACGGCUCCCGUAAUCAUAGUUGAUGAAGUGCUAAUUACCGUGGCUGCAAUCAAUGCGAGGAGCUCCCUGUACAUGCACAAACACACAGACACACACACACGCUCACUCACACAAAAACACAAAUAUUUCUAAACAGAUGUGCGUGUGGGUGGGUAGGAGAGCGCUGUAAGGAAUGGUGUAUACAUAUCACUAUCUGUGUCCCACCGGCGGUUCGGUCCGCCUACUCCAGUGAACGAAGGAAAAAGGGAAAAGAAGAAGAAAAAAAAAAAACCUGAAGUCUAUUUUUCUUUAACCUUAUUUCAGAGCGUGGGCUCUAGGAAAUAUCUCUAGGCCUUGUAGGCCUCAGUUCCUCAUUCACCGACUUCUUUGGACACUGAAGCAAGGCUUUGUGGCUUCGACCCAGAUGGUCUAUAACUGCAGCAAACGGCGGCCGUGUUAUGGCGGCAUCUACUUAAAAGCAGAGAAAACAAACAUGGCUGACAACCAAUAGGUCUUAUUUAUACGUGCUGCGUCCCUAUUUGGUUCAGCGAUCUAAAGCAUGGACAAGGUCACUGCUGUUCCCACUUUGCAGCAGUUGUACCCCAGAUGGCUUUUAGUGCAUCUGUGUGUCUGUAUAAAACUUAGGGAGAAAUUACUUUUAAAAAUCAUAACUUUUUAAAGGACUAGAUGAUAUAUUAUUAUUAUUAUUAUUAUUAU